AUGUCUAUCUCCAACUUGUCUCUGUCCGCCAUGUUCCAGAUGGUCUCCGAGGCCAUGGCCACUUAUAACCCGGAGUUGCCUACAACCCCGGAGGAUCUCUACGACACGUCCAUGUUCCCAGAGAUGGACGUCAAUGAUGCUACGACUUUCUGGAACUUUUCCGAAGGUCAGAUGGACCAGGCCUUCAACAUGGCCGUUGACCAUAACACGGCCAUGGACAACAACAUUGCCCUUAACCACAGGGCCGUGAAUAACAACAUGGCCUACAACAACAUGGCGUACAACAACAUGGCCAACAGCAACAUGGCCAACAACAACAUGGCCUACGACAACAUGGCCUACAACAUUAUGGCCACCAGAAACUCCCAAGUGGACAACUCUCCACUGGACACCACACCUCCGAAUGGCCACAUAACUGAGCCUGACAGCUCAGAGACUCGGUCAUCUUCAUCUGUGCCCAGCCCCAGGCUGAUUCAAUACCAGAGGACCAUGGCCGAAAUGGUCGCCCGGGAGGCCCGAAGGGCAGCAAGAAAGACCAAGAGGGCUACCCAAAGGCCUCGAGGUCCGAAACUCCGUUGCGGCCAAUGCAGCGAGGAUCACGAGGGCUUCCGCGGCCGACACGAGCUGGAACGCCACAGAAGGGCGAAACACAACCAGCAAGUGGAUCGAUACCACUGUGUCGGGCCACUGGAUGGGACGGCCAUUGCCGGCGGGCUCACCCUCCACCAGCCGUUCCAUGGCUGCAGGUACUGCAGGGGCCAAAAGCAGUACAACUCCGAGCAGAAUGCCAUCGACCAUUUACGGCGGCGGCAUUUCAGCGCCAAGAAGGAGCGCGGUGGCCCCCCUGUCCUGGUCAAUGUCCAGGAGCUGACGGUCGAGAAACUGCGGCCAUUCGUCCAGAGGACGACGAUUACCACCCCUGCGCCAGUCCAUGGCAACAACUCGGCGGCAGCCGCACCACCGCCUGCAACUGGCACAAUUCCAGCGGCAGUCACGCAACCUCCUAUACCGGCAACCAACUCAGCUGCCACGACAUCGUCAGCUGCCCCGGUAAACCCACCACAGGUGCCGGUGACUCUCCUGCCAGACGACCAGGACUCAGAUCACGGCCCUGCGUUGCUCGAGGACGGCGAGGAAAUAGAUUCCACGCCUACGUUGUUCGGUGAUGGCGACGGCAUGGUCAGCCCGCCUAUGCCAUGGGAAGGUGUACCCGGAGAAGGCACAAUCGAUCCGUCCUUCUUGACGCUCUGA